AGGAAAUUGCCCACUGUGUUUCUCUGCCGUUUCUUGGUCUGCGCUAUCCCGCUAUUGCACAUCAUCUCAUCUUCCAAGCUUUUUCUUUUUCCAGUUUCCUUUAAAACUCUCAACGAAACUUCAAAAGUUAAAAUCAUAAUCGCCUCUAUGAAUUGCUAUCUCUCAUAAUCAAGUUCCACCCCUAUGUCCUUUCACUACUGUCUUCUCUUCUUCAUAAUCUCAACUUUCUUCCCAGUUGGCCUUGCUCAAAAUGGCAGCUUACCAUGUCCCUUGACCUUCGCCAUCCUCCAACCCAUCCUUCCCACCACCUUGCCCCAACUCAACACCACUUUGAGUUGCAUGGUUGUCCGCCAAGGUCUCCGCUUCGUUCUCUCCGACUACCUAAGACGCACUGGUUCAUUUGCCCCUCCCUUAAACUCCUCCGAAUCAUGCUGGCAAUCUUACCAAUCGCUCAUCCCAAACUUCAACAUCCGUUCGUCGUGUGGUUUCGAAACCGCUUGGAUCUCUCAAGGCUGUAUGGAUUUAACCACGAAGGUUGAUUUCGAAGCUUUAACUCCAAACGCUACCUUAACCGACGUGGUUUCCAACUGUAACCAGUCUUUGCGUGGUACCGCUUGUGCUUCGUGUACUAUCAGCUUGGCCAAUUUGCAAGCUGUGUACUUGACCAACAGUUCGAUUGCAAGCAUCUCUGACUGCGUGGCAUACCCGUCUAUUUAUGCAGGAGCUUCUGCUAUUUACUUCGGAGCAACUGGCACGGCCAUGUGUUUAUUUUCACUUGAUAUUCCUGUCCCUGAUACCAGCAAUGGUGAGGGUAAGAAACAAGGUGUUAAUUUGGGUGUAUUAAUCAGUGUUGGUGUUGUUGGUCUAGCUGUUUUCAUUGGUGGGCCUUGGAUUGUUUAUAGAAAAUAUAGGGAUUCAAGGAAGAAAAGGAGGGAUCGAAUUGGGAAUCUUGAGACCGAUGCUGGGUUGGAUUCUAUUAGUGAAACUAUCGAUUUUGUUAGGUUUACUUUCGAUGAGAUUAAGAAAGCUACUGAGAAUUUCUCUACAGAUAGCAUUAUAGGAAAAGGAGGCUAUGGCAAUGUGUACAAAGGGUACUUACCUGAUGGUUCUGAGGUGGCUUUUAAGAGGUUCAAGAACUGUUCUGCUGCCGGCGAUGCUGAAUUCGCUCACGAAGUCAAGGUUAUUGCUAGUAUUAGGCAUGUCAACCUUGUUGCUUUGAGGGGGUAUUGUACAGCCACGACACCAUUAGAGGGUCAUCAGAGGAUAAUUGUAUGUGAUUUGAUGAAGAAUGGGAGUUUGCAUGAUCAUCUCUUUGGUUCCACUAAAGGGAGACUUACUUGGCCUGUACGUCAAAAGAUUGCACUAGGGACAGCAAGGGGACUGGCUUACUUGCAUUACGGGGCACAACCAGCAAUCAUUCAUAGGGAUAUUAAAGCGAGUAAUAUACUUUUGGAUGACAUGUUUGAGGCUAAAGUAGCUGACUUCGGACUUGCCAAGUUUGCACUGGAAGGGAUGACACAUUUGAGCACUAGGGUUGCCGGAACAAUGGGGUACGUUGCCCCUGAGUAUGCAUUGUAUGGCCAAUUGACCGAUAGGAGUGAUGUGUAUAGCUUUGGGGUAGUGCUUCUCGAGUUGUUGAGCGGAAAGAAGGCAUUCACUAUGAGUGAUGAGAACCAACCUUCUGUAUUGGCUGAUUGGGUGUGGUCGUUGGUGAAGAAUGAGAAAGCUUUGGACAUUAUUGAAGGUGGCAUGCCGGAGUUGGGGUCGCCGGAAGUUAUGGAGAAAUAUGUGUUGAUAGCGGUUCUUUGUUCUCACCCAGAGUUACAAUGCAGGCCAUCUAUGGAUCAGGUUGUGAAAAUGUUGGAAACAGAUAUUUCGGUUCCCUCGAUUCCUGAUCGGUCAAUUCCAAUUGUGGCCAUUGAUGAGAUUGACAGAUCUAUAAGGAAUCGUGAUUCUGGUUGUGAGAAAGGAAGGACAAGUUCAGGCUCUAAAUUAGAAGUUCCUCAUAAGCUUAACUCAAAAUAAUAGGAUCAUUGAGCUCUCCAAUGGUGUUUCCUGUUUGGUUUAGACUUUUGCUUCGUGAGCUCAGAGUUAAAUCUGAUGGCAUAAAGAUAUUACAAUCAAGUUAGGUUCAGUUGAAUUCAAUGAAUAUAUAGGGCAUACAGUAGUCACUUCAAUUUGUAAUAGCGUCUUGUUUUUUUCUCUGCUGCAUGAAUUGAUAUCUUGAAGAAAUGGUGUUUUUUUUC